UGGUAACGAAUUCUUACACUAUAUGCACAGUGACUACGUGUAUAUAGCUAACGCCAUAAAUGCUUCUGGUGUUGGUUUUGUACCAUUAUUCAGUUUUCUUAUUGCAUUUAGAUGUUAUUGUAGGCAAAGAAAAUGACUAGGAAUAGAAGAUUAAAGGAUGGCGAUAGGCCUCAUAAACACAAGGACAACGAGAAGACAAGCCGCGCGAAAGCUUCAACGACUGAUGAUUAUGCAUCCGUUCUGUAUACAAUGGGCGUUGGACUAGUUCUGGCACUCCUCGUGAUAGUUUUUGUACAGUUCUGGAGUGAUAGAAGUAUUGCUAAGCUAUACACACCUUUAAGUGAACCUAAGAUGGUCAACGAAGAUUUUGUUUUUAAAGAGGGUAGAAAAGUUUUGUGGGGAACUUACAGGCCAAAUCUGUACUUUGGCUUGAGGACCAGGACACCAGAUUCUUUGAUGUUUGGAAUGAUGUUCUUUUCACAGUACCCAAAAGGAGGGCAACUUCAUCUAAGAUAUUCUUGUGAGCAAAGUGACAAUUUAGCAAAGUAUGGAUGGCUAAAGCAUGAUGGGAAAUCAUUUGGGUCUCAGGAAGUUGUAGAUGAUGAUUUUAUUCUCACAACUGAUUUUGUUAAGCAAGAUGGUGGAUUUCAUGGAGGAGAUUGGACUGCUAGGAUCAGGGGGAGGCCAAGGCUUGAAGAGAAAAGCAAGCAACUCGUUUCAUUAUUAUUCAUCGUCUCACAAGAAGGUAAAGGAGACUUAAAUGCUUUUGUUGAUAAUGGUAUAAUGUCAGAGGUGCAUGGUCACAAUGAUGUGCUUGGCAAGUUCAAACUGAAGUUCCCGAGAUCUUCAAGCGUCAUGCAGACGUACUUAGUAUCCUAUGAAGAUGACAUCUAUGAUGAAAAGAACAUCAUCAUGAAAAAUCUUAAAUACCAUCGUACUGAAAAGAAUUCAGAUAGAAAUCGAAUGAUUGGCUUGCCUGGUGUAGUCACUAAUGAAGAAGGAAGAAAGCCCAAUUUUUUUGUUCACAAUGUUAUCCUGAAAUUGCCUUUUGAAUUCGAAGUGUUGUUCCAGUCUGGUAGUUUUCUUGACCGUAAGAAAGAUCUUAGUGGCCCAGUUUUCAGUGACGUUUUUAAUGAGAGAAGUAGGUUAUUUGAUGAAAAAUUUGAGAAAAAGUUUAAUUUAGCAAAGAAAGGUUUCUCUAUUGAGGAAAGAGAUUUUGCAAAGGCUGCUAUGAGUAAUAUGAUUGGAGGAAUGGGGUAUUUCUAUGGAAAUUCGAAAGUUAAGUCAAAAUUCUUGAAAGAGCCAGUUGAUUAUUGGACUGAAGAUUUGUUCACUGCAGUUCCUUCUCGCUCUUUCUUCCCGAGGGGAUUUCUUUGGGAUGAGGGAUUCCAUCAGCUGUUAAUUAGCCAAUGGGAUCGUAGUAUUAGCAUGGAUGCUAUAUCACACUGGUUAGAUUUGAUGAACGCGGAUGGGUGGAUACCACGUGAACAAAUUCUUGGAAGGGAAGCCAGGAAGAAAGUUCCUGAUGAAUUUGUUGUACAGCAUAAUGAGAAUGCAAAUCCCCCUACUUUGUUUCUGGCUAUUCAGUCGAUCCUUGCUUCAGAGAGAAAAGAGUAUGGAAACAUCUCAAAGCCAACGGAAAUAUUUUUGAGAAAGUCAUUUGGACGGUUGCAAAAAUGGUUCAGCUGGUACAACUGGACCCAGGUCGGCAGUGUACCAUCUUCCUAUCGUUGGAGAGGUCGGGAUGCAAAAAAUGACGUCGAGCUCAAUCCAAAAACAUUGACAUCUGGACUUGAUGACUACCCAAGAGGGUCGCAUCCAACAGUAGCCGAGAGGCAUGUUGAUCUACGUUGCUGGAUGGCUCUUGCUUCUGGUAUACUCUCAGACAUUGCCAAACUAAUCGGUCAGCCAUACAGUCGCUAUGAGAGUACGUUCAAAUACCUUAGUGACAAUAAUUUGCUGGAUGAGCUGCAUUGGUCCAGCCGCGAUAAAGCGUAUUGUGAUUAUGGAAACCAUACAAAAUUCGUAGCACUUGAGCAUAGGCCUGUAAACAACCAGCCUGGGGCACCAAAGCGUAUGGUUCGUGUAGUUAGAUCAAAACAGGGUCCUUCGCUUAAGUUUGUCCCAGAAUUUGGUUAUGUAAGUCUUUUCCCUUUUCUUCUCCACAUCCUUGAACCAACUUCACCGAAACUGAAGCAGAUUUUAGACGAUUUAAGGCGCCCUGAUCUCUUAUGGACCGAGCACGGGUUGCGGUCGUUAGCAAAAAACAGCCCAAUGUAUAUGAAACGGAAUACGGAGCAUGAUCCACCGUACUGGCGUGGGCCUAUAUGGAUAAACAUGAAUUAUCUUGCCGUUAGAGCGUUGGACCAUUACAGCAAGUUAGAGGGGCCUUAUCAAAAACUAUGUAAAGAAAUUUAUAGCCAACUGAGAUUUAACCUGAUCCGCAACAUUUUCAGAAAUUAUCAGAAUACAGGGUACAUCUGGGAGCAAUACAAUGAUUCAACGGGAAAGGGGCAAGGGUGUUAUCCUUUUACCGGUUGGUCAGCUCUAGUGACUUUGAUGAUGGCGGAGAUAUAUUGAUUGGUUAUUUCCAAUGGAACAGAAGGACUGGAAGCAAGAUAGGAGAAGAAUGAACUUUUGACAAGAUAGCAGAGAAUGUUGCACGUGCUUGUGUUUUGAAGAUGACAUACAAUUUUACAGUAAAGGCUGGUGUAUUUGCUUUGAUUUUUUCAUGAAAACUCUCAAAGAAAGUAAA